CCUCUGCCCGGCCCCCCCAUCAGAGCCCCCUUGCUCCUGCCAGAGACUGGAAAUGGAGGGAGCGCAGCGCUGGUAACGGUUCGCCGGCACUGCUCCAGGUGCCGCUGAAGAAGUCACCAUGGAAACGCACAAGGAGGAGAUGGAGCUCUUGAGCAACAGCAUGGCGGCGUACGCACACAUCCGAGAUCACCCUGAAAGCUUCGGUCUGUACUUUGUACUGGGUGUUUGCUUUGGGCUCGUGUUAACCCUCUGCAUGCUGGUCAUCCACAUCUCCUGGCAGCCCCAGGCCAUCCCAGCCAGGUCCCGCAAAAGCCUGCGGGAAUUCACCGAGGGGGAUGAAGAAGACGACGAGGAAGAGGAGGAGGAAGACACUGUGGACCGUGCUGAUUCCGAACGCCCCUUGUCCAUGACGGAGCUACCCCUGGAGCCCCACGGCACGCCCGACAGCACCCUCGCAGUCAAUGUCUUUGCCUCGGCGGAAGAGCUGGAACGGGCCCAGCGGCUGGAGGAGCGUGAGCGGAUUCUCCGGGAGAUCUGGCGCAACGGGCAGCCCGACAUCCUGGGGACGGGGACUGGGACCAUUGGCAGAGUCCACUACUAUUGACCACACAAUCAACUGAUCUCCAAACUCAGGCAGAGCAG